GGUGUAUCUACGCUGAAGCAGCUAAAUGGUCAAGAUCAUCGAGACCUCGAGAAGCUCCUUCCUGGCGUGAUUGUCAGUGCUGUCUCCGAUGACGUUGCAUCCGCACUAUGCGCUAUCACAGAAUUUAUAUUUCAAGCUCAGAAUCUCUUCCUCUAUGACGAAACGUUACACUCGUUAACUGAGGCCUUGCGCGAGUUUCACCACUACAAAGUUUCCAUCAUAACAGCUGGUGGUCGCCGCAGCAAGAACGGUCCCCUUAAUCACUUCCAGAAUCCUGAAACUGGAGUUGAUGCAGCAUGUCGUCCGGAGUACUUGCACCAUGGGUGCCCCAUAUCAAUGGAGCAGCGAUAUCACCGAGCACUGUCACAUUACCCAUGUGAAACGGCCUUAUCGCAUGACUAACCACAAGGAUUUCCAUGCUCUACACAGUUCUGAAGUCACACCGGGCAAGUUUAAUAUACGAAAUGUCCAGGGAAGCAAACGCAAUGGCUCUCCACUAUCCCGAAGCGACCUGGAUCUCCACUGUUCUGCCUGAUGAGCAGUAUGUCAGCGCCGGCAAACCAAUCAUUUCACUGUUCACCAAAGAUUGUUCUCAUAUCUCUUCUGAUGAUUCUGUUGCAAU